ACCCAUUAUUACACUGAGGUUCUUGGGGUUUUUCCUUGAUUUGCAAGAAUUCCCUGUAUCUUCUCAAACAGCACACAUCUGUUUGCCACUGUUACCCACCUGGGGCAAAGUGACCCAUGUCACCACUCUUCAAACCCUCAUCCUGGGGCUCAGGCCUUGGUAAUGGACAUACAUACAAAGUAAAAGGAGCCCCUUCUCAGCGCCCCUCUGCCAGCCUUGGCUGAGGAUUGCAAUCCAGGAAGACAGGUAACAGCGGGGAGAACCUCUCCUCUUCUCUGGGGCUGCUAACCUGCUGUGUCAAUUUCACAAGUUAAUAAGUGAUUGGAGAAGGCUUAAUUGCAUUGGAAGAAAUUGAGAUCAGCCAGUGCUUAGGCCCCACUCAAUUAACUUGUGCUCCUAAGGAGGCCGAUCAAGGAGCAGGGGGCAGUCGAUGGUUAAUUACACAUGCUGGUGCCAGCUAUGGCUGGCGUCUCCUGCUGGUAUUCAUCCAGGCAGUGAGGCGAGGUGACCUUGCUGCAGUGAGGCUGAAGCCACUAGAGACAGAGGGGCCUUCAGAGACAGCAGAGACCCCUGGCCCUGUGGGGAUGAGGGGCCCAUUUCCCAAUACAUUCUAUCCGAGUGGCUUUUAGUGCCCAGCCUCUGCUCCUGCUGGAGAAAUGGCCUUUAACGUCCCCUCUUCUGACCACUUUGUUUGCUCCAUCCCACCCAGGCUAACACCACACACCUUUGGUUCUUCUCAGGCUUCCGUCCUCCUCCUCCUGACUUCUGGCUCCCUUGCCCCAAGGACAUAGAACCCAGAGCCAGUCUUGUGGUGGGCACCAGAUAAUGCCACAGGCUCUGCAAGGUCACCCCCUCCCCUGCUGCCUCCAGAUUGAAAUCCUGCCAAAGAUCUUCAUUCUCGCAUCAUUUCUCAAAAGGGCCAGAUGGUGGGACUCACACCUGUUAACAGUGUGGAUUCCCGGGCCCCACCCCUGCAGGUGCUGCUUCAGCACAUCUGGAGGCUCCAGUGCUUAACCCGUGGCUCAGGUGACUGUUACCAUCCAGCCAGUUUGAGAAGCCCUACUUCCGGGACACCUUAGCUCCUGAUGAAGGACUGACGCCUUGGCCAUGAUGCACCCCCAACUGCUGUAUGCUCAGGCGCAACCUGCGUGACUGAGCCACCACUCUGGCUGUUUCCCGUCACCGUUCCCUUUACUGAACAGUUUGAUGGGGCGUCGGGCGGAUGACAGCGGGAACGGUCGUGAUCACCGGCGGAAUCCUGGCUACGGUGAUCCUCCUCUGCAUCAUCGCCGUCCUGUGCUACUGUAGGCUCCAGUACUACUGCUGUAAGAAGAGCGGAUCUGAGGAUGCAGAUGAGGAGGAGGAGCAGCAGGAGCACGACCUCCCCGCACAUCCCAGAGGCCCCAGCUGCAAUGCCUGCAGCUCCCAAGCACUGGACAGCAGAGGCGGCCUGGCGCCUCUCACUGGCGAGCCCUGCAGCCAGCCAUGUGGGGUGGCAGGGAGCCACUGCACCAGCUGCUCCUCAUACAGCUCCCCCUUUUACAUACGGACGGCUGACAUGGUGCCCAACGGGGGUGGAGGUGAGAGGCUCUCCUUUGCCCCUACAUACUACAAAGACGGGGGUCCCGCAUCCCUCAAAUUGGCAGCACCCCAGAGUUACCCGGUGACCUGGCCAGGCUCCAGGCGUGAGGCCUUCACCAAUCCAAGGGCUAUUAGUACAGACGUGUAACCCCUUCCACCUCUGACCACACACACACACCACGCUGCUGCCCCGGCAGGGGGAAGCAGGCAGUGGGUGGCCCUCCAACAGCCCCACAGGGGUCGCCUCUGCUUCUUUGGCUUUUCUUGCUCCACAGUGGAGGGCUCACCAGGACUCAAGCUUUUCAGUGCAUUGAGAACCAGGACAGGCCUGGCUCCAAGCCUGUGGCCCAGGUCGGGGGUGGGCCUCAUACGGUGAGUCUGCAGCCUUGCCAGUUUCUCGGUUGGGACGUGCCCUGGCAGCCCAGCACGACCCGGCAUGACCACAGCCUGUUGCAGCGUCCCCAAGCCCCUGCCUGUGCUGGGCUUGGACAAGGAGCACCAGGGAAAGCUAAGCACAGGCUCUGGAGGCUUCCAGAGUCCUUGGGAGAUGAAGUGUCCAUGCCCAGAAGAAAGAGGGACAAAGGGGAAGAGGAGAAGUGAGAACUAAGACAUUCCAGAAUUUGAGAAGAGAAGGGAAGGCAUGGUAAAGGGACUUCUUCAGGACUCACUUGCUAAAACGAAUCCCAGAGCUAAUUCACAAUCUAGUUUUGUACUUGGGUUCCCAUAGACACUGCUGCACCAUAGCUGCUCUCAUAAGGACAUUGAUUCCUGAAUGUACCACAUCUCCAUCUGCCCCCUUCCUCAUGGAAUGCCUUGAGUUGACUUUAAAGGCCAUGGCCUGAGGUUAUUUGUGGAGACUGCUCCAAAAAGUGACUGUCUAACCUUAUCUUCCUAAAAAUCCUUUCUCUGCCUUAGGAACCAGCUGCCCCCUGCUGGAGAAGCUUUUUCAAGUUUUGUUGCUAGAGUCCUAGUAGCUUAAAGGAGAUCUCAGUGAUGGUCUCUGGGCCCUGGUCCACCACGCUGAGCAGUGUGCAUGGACGCAGGCCUGGGAGGGUGUGUUCGUGCAGCAGACACGUUCAGGCUGCAGAGUGGAAGGGUCUCAGAUGUGCCAUCUAGAAAGAAAAGUCUGACCCGCAGACAGCAUGAACAAAAGGUGAUCAACAUGGCAAAGCCCAUGGCAACCAGCUGGUUGGUAAACAGGAGGAGCGUGGGCUCUUCAUGGGGUGAUGCUACAGCAGCUGAAGCCACUUAAGCUCCUCUAGAGGCUGGUGUUCUACUUGGGCCUCCACCCAUGACACCAUAGAGCAGGACCUCACCACCCCACCAGGAGCAACAGCCCCCAGUCCUGAGGAUUGGAGGGAUGUGACUCAGCCACUGGAUUCCAUGCUCGCUGCCUUUCCUUGGCCACCCUGCUCUCCAGCCUCCUGGUGAUGGCCACGUAUUGCUGUCUCACUCUGACCCCAUGUCCAACUCCCACGCCCCACUUAGAACUCGGCAGUGGCCUUAUGCUUGUUGAGUAAGUUUGCCUGAUGAGUUUUCCAGUUGCCUCUACAGGAGCUGCCCCUCUCCUCCCAGGGUAUAGCUAACCCCACCCACUCCUGAGUCACUGAAUGCUACAGGGGGAGAAGCAGGGAAAGGGCUGGCCCCUCUGCUGAAAUCUUGAUUUUUGCAUUUGACAAAGGGCAGGGUGCAGUGAGGGAGAGGGGAUGGGAAAGGGAUUGGACACCUUUUGCAUAACCCUGUUCAACUUGUCACUUUGCAUCUCAAUCUGGAAUUAAAGUGCCCUGGGUUGAGAAGCAGACAACCUGGGCUCUAGUCACAUUUUAGUCACUCACUAGCUCUAGGACCAGUCACUUAUCUUCUCUGACACUCCAUUUUCUCCAAGGAAGCGAGGUUUGCCCAGAUGGACUCUAAGGGCCUUUAGUGCUCCACAAAGCAAGGACUUCCUAAGAGAUACGCCAGCCUGGCCACUCCCUCCUGCCCUAGUCCUGGCAGGGGCUGGAUGUACUCGCCAGCUGUCUGACCCUGUGUGCGGGGAUGCUUGUUGAGGGAUGAAAGACCACAAUAAAACACAAGAGUAGCAGCAAAACAAUUUUAACUGUCAGUGAAAAAGCAAACAUGUUCAGCUGAUCUUCCCACUGAGUGACCUCAAAUGGCAACACUUCUCUUGCACCAAGAAGCAGCUCUAAGGCGGGGGGGCGGGGGGGGGGGGUCAUGAGAUCUGCCUCCCAGUGCAGCUUUAACAUACCCCAGCCCACCACCGGCCCUCACUGGGCCAAGUGCAACCCCCGACCCCCAGUGGGCUGCUGGGCCUGGCAGUGCUCCCACUUCCUGACAAACCAGCCCCAGUGCCUUGCUCCCCUGGAAUCCCACAGCAGCUGUGUCAAUGUCAUUGUACCUGUCCUGAUUUAAUCGAGACAACCCAGUUAACUAUCAAUCACCUGCUUCUUGCCCCUGAUCUAUCAGAGUCCCGGAGUACAAAGCAUCCUAUGCAAUCCUGUUUCCUCUGAAUGCCGCCAGCCCACAAAUCAAAAUCAGAGUCAGGGCAUUGGAGAGACUGUGGGCUGGAGCUGUUCCCUGCGCAGCCCACCUUGCUCAGGGCAUGGGCUCCCGCCCAGCCUCAGGACCGCUGCCCGCCUGGCUGCAGCUGCAGCGCCUGCGCUGUGGAAAAGGAAGCUGCCGGUUCAGCCGCACUGUCCGUUCCAGCUGUGGCAUCUGUACUAUGGGAAACCAUUUGUACGUGUUUCCAACAGCACCUUAUCCAGGAUCUUCCUGGAGGAGGGCAGGGGACACUCUGUUCUCUCCGCCAUCUUCCUCCAUCUCCCCCUCACUACUCCCUCUACAGAUUUCUUGUCUUGCAUCUUUGAUAACUUGGAGUGGCAACCAAGUGAA